UUCCCACACCGGAGGUGACAUCCUCGUCACCUCCCCCUUCAUUGGUGACCCCGAAGAACACUAAGAUGAGCAACACCGAAGACGAAUUCCAGGAGGCACGGAUUUUGCAAAAUGAACCUUCAGCCCAUGUAUGUAAGGUCGGAAUUCGCAUACCACCGUUUUGGCCAGAGGAACCCGAGAUAUGGUUCGCACAAGUUGAAGGUCAGUUUAGCAUUGCUGGCAUCACUAAUGAUUCGACCAAAUUUAAUUAUGCCAUUGGUCAGCUCGGAAACCUGUACUCUAAGGAGGUCAAGGAUUUAAUUAUCAAUCCACCCUCCACCAACAAAUUCGAAAAGCUGAAAUCGGAACUGAUUAAAAGACUGACCGUAUCCAAAGAGAAGAAAUUGACGCAGCUGCUGAUGCACGAAGAGAUGGGUGACAGGAAGCCGUCACAGUUUCUUCGGCACCUUGAAAGCUUAGGCGGGUCGCAAAUUUCAACCGACUUUUUGAAGACAGUUUGGGUCAGCCGAUUACCUACCGGCAUUCAAACAGUCUUGGCUGGACAGACUUCUACCACAAUUGAAGAGAUGGCGGAUAUAGCAGAUAGGAUCAAUGACCUUGUCCCCUCGACACCUCAGGUGGCAUCAACCAGCCGACAGAGUGAGAAUGUCGACUUGGCCAAGGAGAUCGCUGCUUUACGUAAAGAGGUCCAACAGCUGGCCCUCAGACAACGAAGCGGCAGAUCAAGCAGCAGGUCCCGACCACGCGAUCGUCAGCAUUCUUCGUCGAGAUCCCAAUCCAGUUACCGGCGCCACCCAGUCUGCUGGUACCACUUUAAGUUCGCCGACAAGGCGACCAAGUGCUGCCCUCCAUGCGACUUCAAGUCGGAAAACUCCAGAGGCAAUCGGUAAGGACGACCGACGAUUGCCCCUCUUCAACUGGUCGCCUGUUCGUCACCGAUCGCAAAUCCAAGACACAGUUCCUGGUCGACACUGGGAGCGACCUCUGUGUCUUCCCGCGGUCGCUGCUGCGAGAGCGUCGUGCCCGGACUACGUAUCAGCUAAGUGCCGCUAAUGGUUCUUGUAUAAACACUUACGGUUAUGUUCAUUUACAACUUGACUUUUGUUUACGUAGAACUUUUAAAUGGCGUUUUGUUGUUGCCGAUGUGACUAAACCUAUUAUAGGUGUAGAUUUUUUAAAUCAUUACAAUUUAAUAGUUGACUGUCGUAACAAACGCAUAAUAGACAAUACAACAUCUGUAACAGCUUGUGCGUUGCGAGUUAAAUGCAACGACAUUUCGUCGGUCAAAGUCCAAUCGGGUGACUCGGGUUACCAUAAAAUUUUGUCGGACUUUCCCGAUAUUACUCGACCAUCCGGCACGCACCGUAUCAUACCACACAACACGGUACACCACAUUCGCACUACACCAGGCCCACCAGUUUCUUGUUCACCUCGUCGCCUCGCUCCAGAUAAAUUAAAAAUCGCCAAAGAAGAAUUCCAGGCUAUGUUAGAAUGCGGUAUCGCUAGGCCGUCUGAAAGUCCUUGGUCAUCACCGUUACAUUUGGUACCCAAAAAGGACAACGGUUGGCGUCCGUGUGGAGACUAUCGGAUGUUAAACGCCAGGACAAUUCCUGAUAGGUAUCCUAUUAGGCAUAUACAGGACUUCGCUCACAGUAUAGCAGGGUGUAAAGUAUUUAGUACACUGGACCUAGUUAAAGCGUAUAACCAAAUUCCUGUGAGUCCUGAGGACAUUCCUAAAACCGCAAUAACAACUCCAUUUGGUUUGUAUGAGUUCCCUUUCAUGAAUUUUGGCCUAUCAAAUGCAGGUCAAUCGUUCCAGAGGUUCGUGGACGAAAUGACAAGAGGACUUGAUUUUUGUUAUUGUUAUUUAGACGAUUUUUUAAUUUUUUCAAAAGACGAGUCAGAACACAAAAACCAUUUACGUAUAAUUUUCCAACGUUUAAAGGACUACGGUAUGGUCAUUAACGUGUCUAAGUGUGUAUUCGGAGCUCGAGAAGUGUCAUUUUUAGGUUAUCACAUUUCCGCGAGUGGCACCAAACCGCUAGACACUAAGAUAGAAGCGAUUAAAAAUUUUCCCGUUCCUACGAACAUUCGUCAACUACGGCGUUUUCUAGGAAUGAUCAAUUUUUACAGACGUUUCCUACCGCGCGCGGCUGAGUUGCAAGCACCACUAAACAAGUUAUUAGUUGGAAUAGUAAAAAACAACCAACCGAUAACAUUGAAAGAUGAGUCACUCGAUGCGUUCGAGCGCUGUAAACAAUCCCUUUCAAACGCUGCAUUAUUAGCGCACCCGGAUUGCCAAGCGAAACUCGCACUUAUUACCGACGCAUCGGACACAGCUAUCGGCGCUGUAUUACAACAAUUUACAGAUAACGCGUGGCAACCGCUUGCAUUCUUUUCGCGUAAAUUAAGUCCAUCUCAGGGUAAGUAUUCACCCUACGACAGAGAAUUAUUAGCUAUUUAUGAGGCCAUUAAAUAUUUUAGGCACAUGUUAGAAGCUAGACAUUUUAUCAUUUAUACUGACCACAAGCCGAUCAGUUUCGCAUUCCACGAACGGAAGAAAAACUGUUCGCCUAGACAGUAUAGGCAUUUAGAUUAUAUCGCUCAAUUUACUACGGACAUCCGUCAUAUUUCCGGUAAGGAUAAUGUUGUUGCCGACACUUUGUCUCGUGUCGAAGCAUUGGAGCAUCCUCUAGACUUAGAAGCCUUAGCAAAAAGUCAGGCUACGGACCACGAACUUCAAAAAUUAAUUACUGAAGGUUCGUCGUUACGUCUAGAAAAAUUAACAUUACCCGGGUGUCGAACCCCAUUGUACUGCGACGUAAGUACACCGACAUCUAAGCCGUUUGUUACAAAAUAUUUCCGUAGGCAGGUCUUCGAUUGUUUACAUUCUUUGAGCCAUCCAGGCGCUAAUACAACAGCGAAGUUAGUCGCAGAACGCUACGUAUGGCCGAGUGUUAGAAAAGACUGUCGUGAUUGGGCAAAAACCUGUUUAGAUUGUCAGCGCUGUAAGAUUACGCGACACGUUAACGCACCGCUAGGGACAUUUAAUU